GACUGCGCAUGCGCCGGAUAGGGGCGGGUGGUGCCGGGAAGGCGAGUUCCUACCCGUCAAAGGCUCCGGCAGGAUGCAGGGGCCGCGCCCGUGGCUGGGAACUCGCUUUCCCAGCGUCCCCCGCCGCUGCCCUCCCACCAUGUAAACCCUCCUUGGGGAGAGGUUCCCCUGUUUCCUGGUUCGGGGCUGGCAGCCAUUUUGGGUUGAGGAGCUCAGAGCGGAGGCCGCCGCCUGCGAGGGGACGGGGGAGAAGCUGCUGCCUCCGCUGCCCCGUCGGACGCCUGCAUCUGCGGAGCUCCCGCUGGGGGGGUCUGGCCGCCGCUGCUCCUCAGAGCGAGCUCGUUCUCCAGAGGCCGCGGGGUCCCCACUGACAUGUCCAGCAUGAAUCCCGAAUAUGACUAUUUAUUCAAGCUACUUCUGAUUGGAGACUCUGGUGUUGGGAAGUCUUGCCUUCUACUUAGGUUUGCAGAUGACACGUACACAGAAAGCUACAUCAGCACAAUUGGUGUGGAUUUUAAAAUCAGGACUAUAGAGUUAGAUGGGAAAACGAUCAAACUUCAAAUAUGGGACACAGCAGGCCAAGAGAGAUUUCGAACAAUCACCUCUAGUUACUACAGAGGAGCGCAUGGCAUCAUAGUUGUGUAUGAUGUUACAGACCAGGAGUCCUUCAAUAAUGUAAAACAGUGGCUGCAAGAAAUAGACCGUUAUGCCAGUGAAAAUGUUAACAAGUUGUUGGUAGGGAACAAAUGUGACCUGACUACAAAGAAAGUAGUAGACUAUACAACAGCAAAGGAAUUUGCAGAUUCCCUUGGAAUUCCAUUUUUGGAAACCAGUGCAAAGAAUGCAACAAAUGUAGAACAGUCUUUCAUGACCAUGGCUGCAGAGAUUAAAAAACGAAUGGGUCCUGGAGCUACAGCUGGUGGUGCAGAAAAGUCCAAUGUUAAAAUUCAGAGCACUCCAGUCAAGCAGUCUAGUGGAGGUUGCUGCUAAAAUUUGCCUCCCCCUUUUGUCUCACAACAAUGAAUUUUGCAAUCUGAACCCAAGUGAAAAAAAAUUGCCUGAAUUGUACUGUAUGUAGCUGCACUACAACAGAUUCUUACCGUCUCCACAAAGGUCAGAGAUUGUAAAUGGUCAAUACUGACUUUUUUUUAUUCCCUUGACUCAAGACAGCUGACUUCAUUUUCAGAACUGUUUUAAACCUUUGUGUGCUGGUUUAUAAAUGUGUGUAAUCCUUGUUGCUUUUCCUGAUACCAGACUGUUUCCCGUGGUUGGUUAGAAUAUAUUUUUUGUUUUGAUGUUUAUAUUGGCAUGUUUUGAUGUUGGGUUUAGUCUUCUGAAGAUGAAGUUCAGCCAUUUUGUAUCAAACAGCACAAUAGUGUCUGUCACUUUCCAUGCAUAAAGUUUAGUAAGAUGUUAUAUGUAAGAUCUGAUUUGCUAGUUCUUUCUUGUAGAGUUAUAAAUGGAAAGAUUACACUAUCUGAUUAAUAGUUUCUUCAUACUCUGCAUAUAAUUUGUGGCUGCAGAAUAUUGUAAUUUGUUGCACAAUAUGUAACUAACAACGAAGAAAUGUUUAAUAAAUAUUGUACUUAUUGGAAGUAAUAUCAAACUGUAUGGUGAUAAAUAUUGUCUUAAUUCUUAUGGCUAAGGGGGAAAUUAGGCUUGCAUUGUGCCCAAAAUGUAUCAUGUGCAGUAAUGGCACUUUAGACCCUCUAGUAGACCAAACACCCUUCCCAAAAAAUGCAACUAGGAAGACAAUUUAAGAGUAAUGUUCAUGGAAGCAUAAUGCAUUCUGAAUGUACAGUAUUUUUUCCCCAUCUUAGUCUAUGAACUUUAAUUUAUUUCUGAAGGACUUCCUUUAGAAAUUCUUGUCUACUUUGCUCUGUAGUAGAGGUGGAAAACAUUUUUCCUAACAUGUGAAUGACUUAAAACUAACAACUCAAGGUGAUGUAACUCUGCCAGUAUGUCAUGUCUUUCUAUAUACUGUUACUUCCAUAUUCUUUUAAUCAAAUACUGUUUUGACUUUAUUUAAUAAACAUAGUGCAACAA